AUGAUGAAAUCUAUCAGCUCUGACGAUUUCAGUUUCGCCAAGAAUGGCGACUACCUCGCGUGGUUCGACAACGAGAUGCCGUUGUCUAAGCUGCCCAUUUGGAGCACGCUUUUGGCUUCAUUCUGCGGCGGUAUCAUCGGUGCGAUAUGCUCUCUCAUCGUGAAUUGCGCUUUGGUUGAGGUUUCCACCUCGCCGUUCUUCACCCUGGUGUGUCUGCGUCCGUUGUGUUUCACUUCCCUGCAGUACUUCGCGUUCACUUUCAUCGUUAUCGGCCUUGUAAUUCUCUGGCGUCUGACCGUCGCCACCACGGAGGUAGACGGCAAGCAGCGUCAGUUCCUGCGCUAUUUCGGACUGAUGAUCAUUGCGUCCGGUAUCGUAUGCUUCUUCUUGCGCCAGAGCUGGUUCACCCACUCUCCGUUUCUGCUCAAGGUGUCGAUCUACACGCUUCUGGGCAUUUCGGUUUCCUUUGCCCUGACGUUCACUAUUGUCGACCUCGUCAACUACUUCAUUUCCAUGUUCGAGACGUCUAUCGCACGUCCGUUGGUCGAGUCUAAAUCGCAGGUUCUGGUUAUUUUGGUGAUCGCCUGUACCAUGGGCGGGGUAUUCGGGUUCAUGUUCGGGUUCAUGAGCGUUGAGGACGAAGCCGAGUACCACAUCAAGCUUGCUCUGGCGAAAGAGGAGGCUUACACGUGGCCAGUGGGCGCCGCUCUGGGUACUAUUGCCGGAUUUUGCAACAACUACCUGCGUCACCAAGAGUUCUGGAGGUUCAACCGCGACAACGCUUACAACGUGGAGAUUUGA